UUUGUUUCAGGCGCGGAAGCGCGCCGCGCUCUGGGGCUGUUUCCCCGGCACUUUCCUGUUACUUUCCAGCGGGGAGGACAGUUCCGGGGAGGGCCCUGCCCACGCCCGGUGCAUAAAGGCCCAGCCCAGUUGGCCGCCAACGCCCGCCAGCCCAGACGCCGUCGGUUCCGCGCCACCAUGAGAGGCAUCCACCGUCGCCUCCUGAUCGUGGUGUACAUCCUACUGAGCCUGGCAGGAGCUCAGGCCCAGACGACUACGGGCUGUGCCCACUGGUGCCCAAAUAACUCAGAAUGUGUCAGUGCGAAAAGCUGUCAAUGCAAGGCAGGCUUCGCCUCAAGUUAUCCAGUUGGCAAAGAGCUCAUCACCAACCCCUCAUGGAGUUGUGAAGACAUCAACGAGUGUUUACAACAAAGUGUAACAAUCACCUGUGGACCAUUUGCCACGUGUCAGAACACAGAGGGGAGCUACUACUGCACUUGCAACGUGGGAUAUAAGCUCGCUUCUGGGGCAGAGUCUUUUGCUAACAAGAGUGAGAAUACAUGUGAAGCAUCAGUGGACACUGGGGUGACACCUACCCCCUCCGAGAUCCACACAGUUACUGCUGCGCCUGGAAACCUCCCUAAGCAGCCAGCUGCUGUACACCCAUGGACACAGCCUGGAGACCCAAGAGAAAAGACACCCAAGGAUGUAAAUGAAUGCACCUCCGGGCAAAGCCACUGCCACCCAUCCACCCAUUGCAUCAACAAGUUGGGCCACUAUUGUUGCAUCUGUCGCCAAGGCUGGAAACCUGUUCUUGGAUCUCCCAAUGGCCCGAUCAGCACAAUGUGCGAAGAUAUUGAUGAGUGCAGCUCUGGGCAGCAUCAGUGCCACAACUCCACCAUUUGCAUUAACGUCCCAGGCUCCUACAAAUGCCACUGCCGCCCAGGUUGGAAGCCAAUCUCUUGGUCCCUCUUGGGCCCAAAGAGCAUCAUAUGCCAAGAGCCACAUUUCCUGACAUGGACACUGCUGCCCACAGCCCAGAGCCAGAGUCUCUCUCAAUUCUCCGUUGAAGUCCAGAAGCUGCUCAAAGACUUCCAUCCAGACAUGGCCAACUACACCAUCCAGAAACUCAUUGAUGCCAUGGACCAGCUGUUGGAAUCCCCCACAGAUAUAGAAACUCUAAACUCCACUGUCCGCCACCAAGUGGCCACCCAGUUGCUCAAGUAUAUGGAACAAACCCUUCGGACCUUGGCCAAAUUCUUACCCAAAGGCCCCUUUACCUACACAUCCCCUUCAAACACUGAGCUGUCCUUAAUGAUCAAGGAGCAAGACAACAAAGAUGUCACCACAAUGUACUGCAGCCAAGAUUGGGUGAAACUGGACUGGGCUAUGACAGCUGGAGCCAAAAGCUCAGAAAACGGCCUCUCCUUGGUGGGCAUGUUAUCCAGUCCAAACAUGCAGAAGCUGUUAGCCAAUGCCUCCAUGAGCCUGUACCAGAUCCGGGAUAUAUUGGAAGAGCGCUUCGAAAGUCCAGUUCUAAAUGUUUCACUCAAGCUAGUCUCAAACGUCAAUUCCAUCUUUCUGACCAACACGGACACUAAGAAGCUCGCCUCAAACAUCACAUUCAACUUCUCCUAUCCUGUGUUGUCAACAAAGGCACGUCAAGACCUGAUAUGUGCCUUUUGGGACACUGAUGCCGAUGGGAAUGGGCUCUGGUCCACUGACGGCUGCUCAAUGAACGGCACUCUCUGCCACUGCAACCACCUGAGCAGCUUUGCCAUCCUGAUGGCCCAGUACCACGUGCAGGAUCGGAGACUGGAAUUGAUCACCAAGGUGGGGCUGUCGCUUUCGCUGCUGUGCCUGCUGCUGUGUAUCCUGACCUUCCUGCUGGUGAAGCCCAUCCAGAGCUCUCGAACCGUGGUGCACCUGCACCUGUGCAUAUGCCUUUUCCUGGGCUCUGUCAUAUUCCUGGUGGGCAUCGAGAAUGAAGGGGGUGAGGUGAGCCUGCGCUGCCGCCUGGUGGCAAUGAUGCUACACUACAUCUUCCUGGCGGCCUUCUGCUGGAUGGCCCUGGAAGGCGUGGAGCUAUACUUCCUUGUGGUGCGCGUGUUCCAGGGCCAGGGCCUGAGUACACAAUGGCGCUGCCUGUUUGCUUAUGGGGUUCCCUUCCUCAUCGUAGCCAUCUCAGCAGCUGCCAAAAUGGAAGGAUAUGGGCAACAAACAUACUGCUGGCUGAACCAUAAGGAGGGGGGCUUUCUCUGGAGCUUUGUGGGACCCCUGGCCUUCAUCAUUUUCUGUAACUCUGCCAUUUUCGUGAUUACUGUCUGGAAGCUCACAACAAAAUUUUCUGAAAUCAACCCAAACAUGAAGAAAUUAAGGAAGGCACGGGUGCUGACCAUCACAGCCAUUGCCCAGCUCAUCGUACUGGGCUGUACCUGGGUCUUCGGCCUGUUCCUCUUCGACCCCCACAGCAUGUGGCUGUCCUACAUCUUCACAGUGCUUAACUGCCUGCAGGGCCUCUUCCUCUACUUGAUGCUCUGCCUGUUCAAUAGGAAGGUGAGGGAAGAGUACCGGAAGUGGGCCUGCAUGGUUGCUGGCAACAAGUACUCAGAGUUCAGCUCUUCCACAACAGGCACUGGCACCAGCCAGAGUCAAACACGGGCGCUCAGGCCCUCAGAAUCAGGGAUGUGAAGGCACAUACUCAAAGCUGUCACUCUUCUGUCUUUUGUUCCUGCCAUCUUCCCACCUUUGGCCCCAUUUUUGAUAAAGAAGGAAUCUACACCUGGUGGUGAGCCCUGCAACAGGGUAAAGGGGCCACUGGUCCUGCUUCUGGUUGUCUCUGCACCAUCACAGCUACUGCCUACCACAGAAACAGAAGCCAGCCAGCAGUGUCUGUAGCCCACUGCCCUGGUACAUGAAACAGGCAGUCCUAGGGACAGUGCAGAUCCCUUGACCUGGGCUCUUUGCAACUGUCUUUGGCACGUAAGAGGCCAGGGUGCUGGGUUCAACUUCCUUAAGCUAAGACUGAUGCUAUGUCAGCCACCAAUGAUCCUGCCUGCUGCCAAAGCUCACGGUACAGAGGCCCAGCUGCCCCACAUCCAGGGCAGAAGGGUCUCACUGUUAUAAAGGUUAUAUAUUUUGUAAUAUUUUUUUAAACCUGUAAACCUCUCAAUGUUGACACAUAAAAUUAAAUAUGCUGAUGGGAAAAAAAA